UCACUUUUUCUCUACGUCAAACUAUAUCCGGUCUCUCUUACAGCCAGCAGCAGUCUCGCAUGUAAACACAAAAAUAAAACUAGCGAGCAUUAUUUUACUUCACUUGUCACCGCCUAAAUUCAGUCAAAUGCUUGUCAGGCGUUGCCUCAGACUGUGCUCUUUGUGUACCCGUGUAGUUUACAGCAGCGGAGUAAGAAGAGGAGGAUGGAGGACACUUGUGGGACACGCCAGUGUGAAACAUGCUAACAGGACAGACGUGCCACACUGGGGCAGAGUAAUGUUUAAACGCUUCUUUCACAGUGAUCUGGGGGAGCUGUACAAGAACGAGUCAGUUCAGGUGUAUCUCGAGCAGCUCAUGGAGGAGCACAGAGACCUGAGCAAGAAGCUACAGCAUGCAUACCUCAGUGAGUCAGACAGAAAGGGGCUCACAAAGCAGCACACCGAGCUGCUGCCUCUGGCAAGUGUGUUUAGGAGCAUUGAACAAGCUCAGAAAGACCUCGAAGAGGUCAGUUCACUUCUAAAAGGUUUAGCUGGCACCAAAGAUGAAGAUGAAGAUCUGACCCAGCUGCUAAAAGAGGAGGAAGCACAAAUCUCCAGCAAGAUAUUGGCUUUAAGAAGAGACCUAAUCAAAGCUCUUAUCCCCACUGAUCCUCUUGACUUGAGUAAUGUUCUGCUGGAGGUCGUAUCAGGGCGGACAACAGGAGGUGACAUUUGUCAGCAGUUCACCAAAGAAAUGUUUGACAUGUACCAGGGUUUUGCAUUUUACAAAAACUGGGACUUUGAGGUGUUGAACUACACACCUGCAGAGUAUGGUGGUCUGCACCAUGCAGCAGUGAGAAUAGCCGGAGAGAACGUGUACAGGCACCUGAAGCACGAAGGAGGAACACACCGGGUUCAAAGGAUCCCUGAGGUGGGGCUCUCCUCCAGGAUGCAGCGAAUCCACACAGGAACCAUGACUGUCAUCAUCCUGCCUCAGCCAGUUGAGUUUGAAGUCCACAUCGAUCCAAAGGAUCUUCGAAUCGACACGUUCAGAUCUCGUGGUCCUGGGGGGCAAAGUGUUAACACAACAGACAGCGCAGUGCGCGUAGUUCAUCUUCCGACAGGCAUAACUGCAGAGUGUCAGCAGACUCGAUCUCAGCUGCAAAACAGAGAAACGGCCAUGCGCAUGUUGAGAGCCAGGCUCUACCAAGGCAUGAUGGGUAAAGAGACUGAACAGAGGAAUACAGCACGAAAGCAGCAGGUGGGCACACGCUCUCAGUCAGAGAGAAUUCGUACCUACAACUUCAGUCAGGAUCGUGUCACAGACCACCGCACCGGAUAUACAACGAGGGACAUUAAGGAGUUCAUGAGAGGUGGGGAGGCUCUCGAUGAUCUGAUCUCUGACAUACUUGAACACACAGAGAAGGAGGCUCUUCUCGAGGCGGCAGAGAACAGCAGCAGUUUGAAACGACCAGAGUCUGGACCGUCUGCAGACUGAGACCAACAGCAGCUUGUGGGAGAUGUGCUUCCCCGACAUAUCUGACUGCUCUGUGCCUGCAGAACACAUGUUAUUCUAUUAUUUGGGCAAUUAAUUGCAAAUGAUGCAAUGUAAGACAAACCGAAAGUAACAGAGGUUUUUAUUUUUGUAAUAAAAUGUAACUUAUGUGUUUUGUGCCUUUGCAGUUUUCUAAAUAACACUAAAGAUUAAUGAGGGAGUAAUAUGAUAAUCAUUACAGUUUUAGCUAAUAUGGGUUUUAAAACUGCUGCUUUUUUAAAAUAAUGAACACACUGAAUCACACUUACUGGCCAUUUUAUUAGGCACAUGUGUUCAAUCAGUGUCACCGGGCAGUUACUAGACAGAUUCUCUAUAGGGAGAUGACACACACUCAAUUCAAAAUACCAUCCCCCAAGUAGAGACAGUUUAAAAAAUCAUUUGGUCCCUGUUUGGUAUGAGGUUGAAAAGAGCAAUCUGAUCUCAGAUCUGAAGCAUGUCACAAAGCCAGCCAUCACAGCUGAUGGACGGACAAGUUUUACUCAAGACCACUGCCUCACUGUAAUAUUGGUACUAUGUCAGACAAGGCCAGAAUAAGGAAAAAGUCCUCAAAAUAAGGCAGUCUAUGAAUCACAGACGGGGACAUCUGUGGCAGAGAAAUCCUGGAGGAGUUUGGAGUAAAAGAGAAGGUUGUGGCAAGCAUGGAUGUAGCUGUGAAAAAGGUGAAAUUUAUCAACCUUCCACGUUUUGCACACACACUAAAUCUUGGACCCCGAAAGCUGUACAGCUGCAAUACAGUUUCCAACUGGGCAGGAAGGAUUCAUUCUGUGAUCGUAUGGAUGAAGAGAUCCCACAUGGCAAAAGUAAUCCUCAAGGAGAAGCAGCAACUUCUUGAAAUGAAUACUUUUUAAAUACUUGAAUAAACAUCAGCGAAAAUGUAAAUCAACAGAUUCGGAUCAAUAUAAAAUGACAACAUCAUGUUUUGUGUCUGCAUAUAUGCUCUUUAGAGUUGCCCCACCACAGGCUCCUCUUAGAUGUGAGGACAAGGUGGAACUCUGUUUGUGAUGAUGGAGAGAUUCUGUCAGCAGUUUUCAGCCAUCCAAACUGCAGCUGUAGACCUCUGUCUAAGAAAGCCCAUCAAGAAGGAGAAAAUUGGCAGUGAGGACCUGAGAAAUGCAGAGGAGUUUCUGGUGCUGAUGUUAAAGCAUUACAUGUCCACGCUUGCUGUGUUUAGUGAAAAAAGUCUGACUUGUGGCCAGAGACUGUCCAUCCUUCUGCAGCCCCCUAUCUCUGUAGCACAGAGUGGAUCAAGAAGUCCAACUGCAUAGAAGUCUUUCUCCCAUUCCAACAGAGGACAGCACCACAGCCUGGUGGUGGACGAAGGACUCAUUGCCAAUGUUAUCAACUUUAGCUGAGAAGUGUCUCUGUUAAUUUGCAAAUGUUGAUAAUUGCAGUUGGAUUUUAUGUUAAAAUGGUCAUUUGACAGAGGAACUUUUAUUUUUUAAGCCAGCUUUAAUUUUGUUUGAG